AUGUUCAUCGUUCAGGAGAACAUUGUGAACACAGUAGAGCUGAUGACUAUGUUGGCUUCGAUUCCAGGGUACACAUUUGUCGUCGUCGUUAAUUUAAAAGACUGGAUCAACACCAAAAAGCUACGCGCUACGGAUCAACUUAUCACUGGCAUCAGUAUGACUGGUCUUUUAUUCCAACUUAUGGAGACUAUCGGUCUAUGUUAUUAUGUACAUACAAAUUCAUACUUGUAUCGCGAGAAAGCUCUAAAGCCAUCUGUUGCAAUUUAUAGGACUGUAAUGUCAUGUAACCUAUGGUUUUGCAGCUGGCUUUGUGUUCACUUUUGCUUAAAAAUUGUCAAAAUCAACAGGGUGACGUAUAUCUAUUUACAAAGAACCUUCCACAAGAUGCUUCCAUGGCUACUCAUGCCAUCUGUCGUCGGAUCCAUUUUAGUGACUGUUCCCGUGGUUUUGGAUUUAGCUGAAGACUCGUCACCACUACCAUCAAGUCAGACUCUAAAUACCUCCGGCGAAGACAAUGUAUUUCCUACUAGACCUUACGUAAAUAUAUCUUUGUCGUAUCUGAUUUAUAUUAUUGGCUACGUUCUUGGGUCAAGCAUUUGUUGGAUGUCUGGGUUAACCAUCGUUAUCAGUCUCUAUAGACACAUGAAACACAUGGAGCUUAAUGCUGAAGGUUCUAGAAGCCCCAGUAAAGAAGCCCACAUUCGUGCUGUGAAAACAUUAAUCUCUAUUUUGGUUCUAAAUUUACUUUCCUUAAUUGUUUUGAUUCUAACAACUUUAAAAGAAACUGACCCUAACUGGCCACCUGCUCUGACCAUCAUAACUUCAAUUUUUCAUACUCUUAGUUCUCUAAGCUUAAUCAACGGAAACAGCAAAUUACAUAAAGCCAUUAUUAGCACCGUAACUUGUUUGUCGACAAGAAGCACUUGA